CAAGCUGUGAGAUGGUGUUCAGGAUAUGGAAGAAGAGGCGAGAGUACCAGGAUUUCCGCCCGGAUUUGGCUAAUGCUUCCGAGCGAGUCCCCCAAAAGCUGAUACGAAGCGAGCCAUUAUUGAGUACACUCAUCCAACACCAGCGGAACACUUCAAACAAUAGAGUACAGAGCACGAAAGAAGUUCCAAGAUCCCACGACGAUACUGAAGGAUUGCUGUGCAGCAUACAGACUAUCGCAGAUGAAAGGCUUUCGCCUUUUUCUUGUUUCUUUCAUUAUUGUUGGGCCUCUCCUAAUCCUACAUGCUCGUCUUGACAAGAUGGCGGGUCGGUCUGGCGGAUACUUGGAUACCAUGACUAGCUCAAGGCGGUCAUGGUGCGUCUUCAACCGGCCUUCAAAAGGUACCUACCUGCCUUGCAACGAAACGAAACCCCUGAUAAUAUGGUUAAUCCCACCCUGUCAUCGAGACGAUGUGUCUCCCCUCAACUGGCAUUCCCGCAACAUUGUCGCUACCGAAGACGGAAUAGCAUGCCGCGCUUGCUACUCUUGAUCCUCUGUGGCCAGCUGCUCCAAGCCGGCAAUUGGACCUUGCAGUCUUGCUCUAUCACC